AUGAAGUACGAUACCGUCAUUCAAGAAUAUCUCGAUCUCAACCACAUGAAAGAGGUCUUUCCUACCCAUGAUUCUGCGAGUUAUUAUCUUCCGCAUCAUGCCGUGCUCAAGCCGGAAAGUACGACCACCAAGCUUCGUGUGGUGUUCAAUGCCUCCAGCCCUUCAGACAAUGGGGUCAGUCUAAAUGAUAUCCUUCAUGCUGGCCCGGUCUUACAGUCCGAUCUGACCAUUCAAAUUCUGAAGUGGCGGUAUUUCCGAUACGUUUACAGUGCCGAUAUCGAGAAAAUGUAUCGACAGAUCUGGGUAGACCCGAAGCAUACCCCGUUCCAACGCAUUUUAUUCCGAAACAGCGAGGGGUACAUUCGAGAUUUUGAGUUAAAGACGGUAACUUUCGGGAUUAAUUGUGCGCCCUUCCUGGCGAUACGAGUCCUACAACAGCUGGCGACUGACGUGCAGCUCAGCCAUCCAAGAGCGAGCAAAGUCAUUCGUAAUGCAAUGUAUGUAGACGAUGUCCUUUCGGGAGCUGACUCUGCUGAAGAUGCUCAGCUCACAAUAAAGGAGUUACAGAGUGCCCUAGACUCCGCGGGCUUUCCGUUAAGAAAAUGGACGUCCAACAACAAAGAGGUGUUAGCUCAUAUCCAAGCCGGUCAUCUUCUGAACAGCGAUUUCCUUGAUCCGACACUGAAAGUACAGCCAAGACUCUCGGUGUACGAAAUCUCCCCCACAAAACGCCAGGUGCUUUCCCAAAUUGCCAAACUGUUUGAUCCAGCAGGCUGGCUCGCUCCAUUUGUUGUGUGUGCCAAGAUCUUUAUGCAAGAGAUUUGGCUUCAGGAGCUGGGGUGGGACGACAAGCUGCCAUCUGAGUUGUGCCAAAGGUGGCACAGUUUUCUUCAGAGCUAUUCGGUCCUUGAUCAGGUCCGGAUUCCAAGAUGGGUUUCCUUUCGCCCAGAAUUCCGCUUAGAGCAUCAUGGAUUUUGUGAUGCCUCGCAGAAAGCCUACGGCGCAGCGAUCUACGUGCGCGUAGAGAUGGGACAUACCACGAUGGUACACCUGCUUACCGCCAAGACGCGUGUUGCGGCAGUCAAAACUGUGUCGCUUCCUCGCCUAGAGCUGUGCGGAGCUUUACUGCUAGCCGAAAUGGCUGAAGCGAUCCUUCCCAGCAUGCCGAUGCUGAAUUCGAGUCUCCACUGCUGGACCGAUUCCACCAUUGUGUUGGCAUGGUUAGCAAAACCAGCAUGCCAUUGGACUACUUUCGUUGCCAACAGAGUGACGAAGAUCACUCAGUCCACAGAGGCAGCCAACUGGUCACACGUUCAAUCCGAACAUAAUCCCGGGGUAGCCCUUCCGGAGCUUGUCGGUAGUUCUCUCUGGUGGCAUGGACCCACUUGGUUGCAAAAGCCACGCAGCCAAUGGCCUAGCCAGGGGACCGACCUUCCCGUGACCGAGAUCGAAAAGCGAGCAGUCAAAGCCCACGUAGCAUAUAUUCCGAACGAAGACUUCCUUGAUCGUUUUUCCAAAUUGGAUAGAGCGUUGCGGGUCCUCGCGUAUGUCCAGCGUUUUAUCAAUCGGUGCAAGAAACAAUCGCCGCUUUCAGAGAUCCGUCUGGAGGCCAAGGAACUUGUCGCCGCCGAACGGCUCAUGAUUCUCUGCACUCAGCGCAGGUAUUUAACGAACGAGUAUCGCUGUUUGAGUCAGAAGCUUCCGGGGCCCCCUUCCAGUUCGAUCCUCUCCUUAAACCCUUUCCUAGAUCAGGAGGGGCUGAUAAGGGCAUGUGGCCGUGUCACAGCCUCUGAAAGUUUGCGUUACGAUGAACGACACCCGAUAAUCCUCCCGUACGAAUGUUCACUCUCUCGGCUUCUGGUAAAGUUCACCCAUCUCAUUACGCUACACGGGGGUAAUCAGUUGGUGGUACGUCUCACCCGUUCCAGAUAUUGGGUUCCGAGAGUUAAAAACUUGGUGAAGGCAGUUAUCAAUGCCUGCAAGGUCUGCGUGAUCUACAAAAAGCGAUUGCAAAGUCAGAUGAUGGGAAAUUUGCCAAGAGAACGAGUGUCAUUCUCCCGUCCAUUCACGUACACGGGUAUGGACUACGCAGGGCCCUUCGACUUAAAGAAUUACACUGGCAGAGCCUGCCUUAUUACUAAAGGAUCUGACGACCGAGAAAUUUCUUGCGCCAUUCGCUCGGUUCGUCUCCAGAAGAGGGUGUCCUCGCCAAGUGCAGUCGUCAGCAGCUCGACUGGCAUUUCAUUCCGCCAGGAGCACCCCAUAUGGGAGGCCUAUGGGAAGCUGGGCACUUUCUUGUCGGCAACUCUCCUUCAACACCACGUCGUCAACGUCCUUCCAACGGCUUUGGUCACCCUGGAGGCGGGUCCGAAGAUCGUGGACACCGUGGCUCUCAUAGACCCCUGCUCGCCUCAAAGCUGCAUCGACGCCACCCUGGCGUCCAGCCUUCGUCUGCCGACCACCAAUGUCGGAAAGGAAAGGGUGUGCACGGCGAUCCUCCGAUCGAAGGUCGUCGAGGGAGCUGCGUUGGAUGUCGUCCUAAAGAUCGAACCCGGCGACGACAUCCAACGCAGCUCCCUCGACGAACACAGGAAGAUGUUUUAUAAUGGAAAGAUUCGGGCCUUACGGACAACGAAGUAUGGAUUACUGGGUAGAAGUUUGGGGAGCCUCUCCGGGAAGGAGAACAAUUUUGGCUACUGGACGCCGGACAAUGCCUCGCGCCGUCCGGAUGUCGACUAA